AGAGACAGAGAGACAGAGAGAGAGAGAGGGAGAGAGCGUGUGAGUGUGAGGCUUUCCCAGAAUAGAGAAGCAGGAGGAGGUGAGAGGGAUGAUGAUGGAAGCUAGCUUUGACACUGAGGAGAGUUUUGACGAUCCCUCCUGUCUUGCCCCGCAGCCACCCGGCUCCGUUUCGCCGGCCAAGAGGCAGAUCAGGGAGGUCAAGGAGACCAAGAUAACUAUCAACUGCGUGACUUUCCCUCUUCCUGGAGAAGGCCCGGAGCAGCAGCUCCUCAAACCCAACGAAUGGAGUUACUGCGAUUACUUCUGGACCGACAAGAAAGACCCCCAGGGGACCACCUCUGUGGCGGGCUUCGAGGUCCUUCUGCAGAAGCAGCUGAAGGGCAAACAGAUGCAGAAGGAAAUGUCCGAGUUUAUCCACGAGAGGAUAAAGAUUGAGGAGGAGUAUGCCAAGAACCUUUCCAAACUGUCUCUGAGCCCCCUGGCAGCACAAGAGGAAGGGACUCUGGGAGAAGCCUGGACUCAGCUGAAGAAGAGUCUGCACGAUGAAGCCGAGGUUCAUCUAAAGUUCUCCAACAAGCUCCACAGUGAGGUAGAGAAACCACUGCUGACGUUCAGAGGCGACAACUUCAAGAAGGACCUGAAAAAGUACGACCAUCACAUCGCCGACCUCAGGAAGCAGCUGGCUAGUCGCUACGCAAGUGUGGAGAAGGCCCGUAAAGCCCUGGCAGACAGGCAGAAGGAUCUGGAGGUGAAAACCCAGCAGCUGGAGAUCAAACUCAGCAACAAGACGGAGGAGGACAUAAAGAAAGCCAGACGGAAAUCCACACAAGCAGGAGAUGACCUGAUGCGCUGCGUGGAUCUCUACAACCAAACCCAGUGCAAGUGGUUUGAAGAAAUGGUCACCACCAGCAUGGAGCUUGAAAAACUGGAGGUGGAACGGAUCGAGUGGAUUCAGCAACAUUUACGCCAGUACACCACUCUGCGGCAUGAAACGGACAUGUUCAAUCAGAGUACGGUGGAGCCAGUGGACCAGCUGCUGCAGACCGUGGAUCCAGCCAAAGACAGAGAGCUGUGGGUGAAGGAGAACAACACCGGUGAAGUUCGGCCUGUGGAUAUGGACAUAUAG